UAGCACGAUGCCGCGCAGGAAUGUGAAAGGCGCGCGCCCGCCGCCAUUUUCUCUCUUUCUUGGCAGACAGCGGCAGCGGCCGGAGCGGCGCCGGGGAGGCCAUGGCGGACUAUUCCACGGUGCCCCCUCCUGCCGCGGGCGCGCCCGGGGGAGGUGGCGGCGGGGCUGGAGGAGUGAACGAUGCCUUUAAAGACGCGCUGCAGAGGGCUAGGCAGAUUGCGGCGAAAAUUGGAGGAGAUGCUGGCACAGCAAUGAAUUCAAACGACUACGGUUAUGGAGGGCAGAAAAGACCUCUUGAGGAUGGAGAUCAACCAGAUGCUAAGAAAGUUGCUCCCCAGAAUGACUCUUUUGGAAAUCAGCUACCACCGAUGCAUCAGCAGCAAAGGUCUGUGAUGACUGAGGAGUACAAAGUUCCAGAUGGGAUGGUUGGAUUCAUAAUUGGCAGAGGUGGAGAGCAGAUCUCACGCAUACAGCAAGAGUCUGGCUGUAAAAUACAGAUUGCACCUGAUAGUGGAGGCCUGCCUGAAAGAUCAUGUAUGCUAACUGGGACACCAGAGUCUGUUCAGUCAGCAAAAAGAUUGCUUGAUCAGAUAGUUGAAAAGGGAAGACCUGCACCUGGAUUUCAUCAUGGUGAUGGACCUGGAAAUGCAGUCCAAGAAAUUAUGAUUCCAGCAAGUAAAGCAGGAUUAGUUAUUGGGAAAGGUGGCGAGACAAUUAAACAAUUACAGGAGCGAGCAGGUGUCAAAAUGGUCAUGAUUCAAGAUGGGCCACAGAACACUGGUGCAGACAAGCCCCUUAGGAUAACUGGAGACCCUUAUAAAGUUCAGCAAGCCAAGGAAAUGGUGCUGGAGUUAAUUCGUGAUCAAGGUGGCUUUAGAGAGGUGCGCAACGAAUAUGGGUCAAGAAUAGGAGGAAAUGAAGGGAUAGACGUUCCAAUACCACGAUUUGCUGUAGGUAUUGUAAUUGGAAGAAAUGGAGAGAUGAUUAAAAAGAUCCAGAAUGAUGCUGGUGUUAGGAUCCAGUUCAAGCCAGAUGAUGGAACAACUCCAGAUAGAAUAGCCCAGAUCACAGGGCCUCCUGACAGAUGUCAGCAUGCUGCAGAAAUUAUUACAGAUCUCCUUCGCAGUGUUCAGGCUGGUAACCCUGGUGGACCAGGACCUGGUGGUCGAGGAAGGGGUAGGGGCCAAGGCAACUGGAACAUGGGGCCUCCUGGUGGAUUACAGGAGUUCAAUUUUAUUGUCCCUACUGGCAAAACUGGAUUAAUCAUUGGAAAAGGUGGUGAAACUAUUAAAAGUAUAAGCCAACAGUCUGGUGCUAGAAUAGAACUUCAGAGAAAUCCUCCACCUAAUGCCGAUCCAAACAUGAAGAUGUUUACUAUCCGUGGAACACCCCAGCAAAUAGAUUAUGCACGACAGCUUAUAGAAGAAAAGAUUGGAGGUCCAGUGAAUCCAUUGGGUCCACCUGUUCCCCAUGGUCCCCAUGGUGUUGUUCCUGGCCCGCAUGGACCUCCUGGGCCACCGGGUCCUGGUGCUCCCAUGGGACCGUAUAAUCCAGCUCCUUAUAACCCAGGCCCUCCUGGUCCUGCACCUCAUGGUCCUCCAGCUCCAUAUGCUCCGCAGGGAUGGGGAAAUGCUUAUCCGCACUGGCAGCCACCAAACCCACCAGACCCAGGUAAGCCAGGAACAGAUCCCAAUUCAGCAGCGUGGGCAGCUUAUUAUGCUCACUAUUAUCAGCAGCAAGCACAACCACCACCUGCAGCCCCUCCUGGUGGACCAGCUACAACCCAAACCAAUGGACAAGGAGAUCAGCCAAAUCCAGCACCAGCAGGGCAGGUUGACUAUACCAAGGCCUGGGAGGAGUACUACAAAAAAAUGGGUCAAGCUGUUCCUGCCCCUGCUGGGGCUCCUCCGGGCGGGCAGCCAGAUUACAGCGCAGCGUGGGCUGAGUACUACAGGCAGCAGGCAGCGUACUACGCUCAGACAAGUCCACAGGGAAUGCCACAGCAUCCUCCAGCACCACAGACAUUUAAUCAUCACUGAAGAAAAGGAAUUGAGAUACUCUGAUCUCCUCACUAUAGCUUCUCUCCAGUGAACACUUACAUGCUCAAAGAAGCCUGUGGUUUGCAAGCUGCAAUCAAGACCCCCUUUCAGAGGAUAUCCCAGAGUACUUUAUCUGUUCAUGGAGGAAGUGACUGGGAGCUGUCAGAGUACUGAUAAUCCAGAUCUCUAUACUGUGAGCAGCCCUGGGACUGGUAUGUGGGACGGCCCAUUAAGGGAAUUAGAGAAAUCUUUAUUUGAAAUUUGUAAGGGAAAAAAAAUUUAGAAUUUAAGUAAAUUAACUGCUGAAUUCUUAAGAAAAAUGUUUACUGCAAAUUUUGACAACCACUGGUCAGCAGGUACAGCUUCAUGUUAAAAAAAUUAUUUUGAGGUGAAGAAUUUGUAAAUUAUUUCAUAUUACUGGAUAAAUAAAUGCAUAAGCAUAAGGAAUGGAGAUGUGAACUAAUCUUCAGUUAGAACACCUAAGUGACUUCAUGGAGUUCACUCUCCUUCAGUUUCUUCACUCUUCUCCUUCACUAGAAUCCCUUGCCCCAGACAAAAAAGAAAAAAGUGCAUUAUUGACAUAAUGGCAAGGUUGUUGGUGUGAAACAACAGCAGUUUAUUGGAGGUGGAGAUGAAAAAGUAAACUACAAAAUGGGUAUCUGCCUAAACCUAGAACUCUCUCAAUAUGGACCAGUUGGGAAUUUGUGUGUUUCAGCUUUCUAGAAGUUCUGUGUUGUUGGUUUUGUUUAAGUUUGUUUCUGUAGAAUAUAAAUGUCCUGAAUGUUUUUGAAAUAUAAUCCAAAUGGUGAUCUAGAGCUGUUUUUCUGAGACUGUUCAUGCAUAAUUAUACUCUGUUAAAGCUAGCAAAUUCCUAUAAAUAAUAUUUUCCACAUUUUUAUGGAAGAUUAAAAUUUCAUUUAUUGUUAA